GAGAAGAGAGACAGACAGAGCUGCAGUAGACGUACAGAGAGAGAGAGAGAGAGAGAGAGAGAGAGAGAGAGAGAGAGAGAGAAGCUUUCUGUCUGGUUUGGUGAAAAGAGGAGUGGAGGACAGAAGCAAAACCAAUUGGUCAGCGCGACAACAUCUGUGAUGAAGACAUAGGGUGUCCUGGACGUGGGGAAUCAAAAGGAGGGACAAAGCUGUGACUGGCUGAAGAAGAAGACGACGAGAAGAGGCAUGCGUGAAGGCGAGAGAGGCCUUCAGCUACAAAAGAAACGGAGAACUAGUCAAGAGAAAGAGAGCCAUUUUGGUGGGAAGGGAGUUAGGGUUUAGAAAAGAGGAAUUUCGAGAGAGAGCAAAUGGGGGGGAAAGAAGGCGAUUUUUGAAAAAAAAAAAAAAGAAAAAAAAAAAGGAGAAGGUGGAGCGAGAGAAGCUGAGAAUUGAACGAACAGGAGGAGAGUGAGAGUUGCUGGCUUUUUCAGAAGAGGAAGGCGAACCGGAAGAAAAGUGGGUUUUGGAGGUAAGGGACUCGAUUACAAACGGCUAUAAGACCAUUUGAAUUUUUACUAUGGAUGCCACAUGCACCUUAAUGCGCUUACGUAUGUCUUUGGCUCCGAUGAAUAUUUGCAUGUAAAGAGUUGGCGUGCCAGAACAAGCAUAAAACAUGAAUGCUCCAAUUAUAGAUCCACUGCAAGGAGAUUUUCCGGAAGUGAUAGAGGAGUAUUUGGAGAAUGGGGUCAUGAAGUGCAUUGCCUUCAACCGCCGUGGUACCCUUCUUGCUGCUGGAUGCUCUGAUGGAAGUUGUGUUAUCUGGGACUUUGAGACCAGGGGAAUUGCAAAGGAACUUUGUGAUAAAGAUUGUUCUGCUGCCAUAACAAGUGUCUGCUGGUCCAAGUAUGGCCAUCGGAUUCUUGUAUCUGCUGCUGACAAGUCAUUGACUCUUUGGGAUGUCAGAAGUGGGGAGAAAAUUAAACGUAUAAUUCUCCAGCAAACCCCACUGCAGGCUCGUCUACAUCCUGGUUCCUCAACUCCAACUCUUUGCCUGGCCUGUCCUCUCUCAUCUGCUCCCAUGAUUGUUGACUUAAACAAAGGAAACACAACUUUGCUUCCAGUUGUGUUUUCUGAUCUGACCAAUGGACUUGCUCCGCAAUCACGCAAUAAAUACUCGGAGGGAACAUCCCCAUUCUCUCCAGCUGCAGCAUGUUUUAACAAGUAUGGAGAUCUAGUUUAUGUAGGGAAUUCUAAAGGGGAAAUACUCAUAGUAGAUUACAAAAGCACUGAGAUUCAUGCUAUUGUCCCAAUUUCUGGUGGAGCAGUGGUUAAGAACAUCGUCUUUAGUAGGAGUGGACAGUAUCUUCUUACGAAUUCUAAUGAUCGAACAAUCAGGAUUUAUGAAAAUCUUCUGCCUUUGAAAGAUGGAAUUGGAGCUCUUCAUGACCUAAACAAAAGUCUGAGUGAUCUUGAGGGUGUUGAGAAAAUGAAGGCUAUUGGAUCAAAGUGCUUGUCACUCUUCCGGGAGUUUCAGGAUUCCAUCACCAAGAUGCAUUGGAAAGCUCCUUGUUUCAGUGGUGAUGGAGAGUGGGUCAUUGGAGGUUCUGCUAGCAAAGGAGAGCACAAGAUCUACAUAUGGGAUAGAGCUGGGCAUCUUGUAAAAAUUCUUGAAGGUCCGAAGGAAGCAAUUAUUGAUUUAGCAUGGCAUCCUGUGCACCCUAUUAUUGUUUCUGUCUCUUUGACUGGCUUGGUUUAUAUAUGGGCAAAGGAUUAUACGGAGAAUUGGAGUGCAUUUGCUCCUGAUUUUAAGGAGCUUGAGGAAAAUGAGGAAUAUGUGGAACGAGAAGAUGAAUUUGAUCUUAUGCCUGAAACUGAAAAGGUUAAAGAAUCAGAUGUUAAUGAGGAUGAUGAAGUUGAUAUAGUGACAAUCGAGAAGGAUGCUUUCAGUGAUUCAGAUAUGUCACAGGAAGAACUUUGCUUUUUGCCAGCCAUUCCUAGUCCUGAUGUUCCUGAACAGCAAGAUAAGUGUGGGGGAAGUUCUUCAAAGUUAAUAGAUAGCAAUCAUUCUGCAUCUCCUAUUUCAGAAGAGGCUCUGCAGAAUGGACAAGUAGCAACCCAUGCAUCAAGUCCACUUGAAGAGGACACAGGUGGAACACGCUUGAAAAGAAAACGAAAGCCUUCAGAGAAGGGGUUAGAGUUGCAGGCGGAAAAGGUCAAGAAACCCUUGAAACCUUUGAAAUCUUCUGGUCGAUUGUCAAAAGUAAAAAAUAAACCUCUGGUAGACCAAGAUAGUGAUAACCAUGUAGAUGGAGAUGAUAUUGCUGAUUAGAACUAUUAGAUCAUAAUUUUUAUAUUCCUUGUUCUAACUGGUGAAAAUUUCUUCCUCGUAUGGGGGGAAUCAUUUUUAUUUUUUAAAAAACUUUUGGGAUAA